AACCACAAAGAACAGUUAACAACAUUUGAAAACUUACAGAUCCGGUCUUUAAGAAAAAAAAAAUGAAAAUGCGCGCUUAUAUAAAUAAAGAUACGCUUACAUUGGUCAACACAGGAAAUUUUUGAACGCAGAUCAGUUAUCAACGUUAUAUCCAAGUUUCGCAUUGAUUCAAAGCCAGUUACCAUGAUAUCAAAUAUCGUAUGUGUUCUUUUCCUGGCAUCGUUUUGUAUAUCUGGGAUUCUUGGGGCAGGUGGAAAUAGUUGUUGGGCUCCACCAUUAUUCUUUGGAUCGGAAUGCAAUUUGACGUAGAAUAAAUUGCAUCGAUAGCAAGGUGUUCUUCAGUAUCGAAUCCUUUGGCCAGCCUUUCAUAACGAAACCCCCGGCAAAAACGAUAUCUGCCGGAACAGUCAAACUCCAGACCUCAAAACGAAGCUGUUGAGUGAACGGACGUUUGUUAAUGUCUUGCGUUGGAAUUCCUGAUGAGUCUUAGUAAGUUAACUAAGAAAAUAAAUUCUGAAGAUAAAAUUUCUUCUGAUAAACCCUUACUUUAGACACCAGUAUUAAUUGGUGACAGUAAAUGUAAAUACUUGCGGAGCUGUGUUAGUUCAAUAUUAGUAAAGCCAUAGAAUUUAGAUGCAAGGGCGGUGUAAAGUCUAGUGAAACUUUAGCCUGGGUACAUAAACAUUUAGAUGAACUUUGCAAGAAAUUUGGCAAGGUUAGCCUUUACGUGUGGAAAGGGACUUGUGACCUCAUCGUGAAGAGAGGGAAAACCAUUUCCUUAAUAAAUAAAUCGGAUCAGCCUAAGGAUAAACUUAUUUCUAUUUCCAUCAAAUAAAAGAAUUGGUUAGUUAACAUCCAGAUGCAAAGGUGUCCUUUCUGGACGUUACGUAUUAUUCAAUUGAUCGCUGGAAUCACAACAAAGGCAAUUUCCAAAUUGAUUUAACCACUUGUUCGGAGGAUGGUCGGUGUCUUACAAGGCUUAUAGAUGAAGUAAAUACAGCCAUCAGAGAUCUAAAUGAAUCAUAUUCUUUGAAAUCAACCAGGAUAUGGUACGGAGCCGAAAAGGGAAAAACAAGAAGCAACGUUACUCCAUGAAUUAUAAUCUUCUUGCUGAUGGUGUACAUCCAAAUUCUACAUUAUCAAAGGUGUGGCUUCAUUCGCUGGAAAGGAACAUCGUGAAAGAGUGUCAGUAGCGCAUAACUGAAUUGUUUGUGAGUUUAGGCCGGGAUUGCCCAGCCAUACAUGUACUAUUUCAUUUAUUAGUAAUCAUUGUUUUGUAGACUUUCAUUUUUGUAUUGCAUAUAUGAUAUGUAUUAUUGCAAGAUUUUUUGUAUAAGGCUUUUUCAUUAUUUUUUUGUGCGAGGAAAUUCGAUUUGCGAUUCAUUUUUUGGCGUAAGGUCGUGUAGACAGAGAUAACUCAGCCACACAUUACAUAGAUGCUCUAUAUUUUUUAUAUAUAGAUUUAAGUUUGAUUAAUUUUUCUAUUUAUUAGGAUAAUAGGACGCAUUUCUUAGAUUGUUUAAGUCAUGUCAGAAAAGGGAGAUAACUUGACACAAGAUACUUCUCUUAGUGCAGAUCAGUCAGAGUCGCGUUCUUGCGAUAACACGGUAAUUUCAAAUGUGAAUAUUGAGCAGGGCGCUAUUCCAAAAAAGGGCACGCGCAAAAUUAUACUGACUGAAAAGGGCCUUGAAUGGCGUAUGGAUCAAGAAAAAAGGGACUUCGAAAAGCUAUAUCGUCGUGGCGUACAAAUUUUAAUGAACUUUCUGUUUUAGUUUCAGAUAAUGAUAAUGUAAAAGCGUUGAGACAAUGUACAGGAUAGUUUUAAUGACAUUGAAACUUGACGAACUGCUUUAGAUUCGCUUACCGAUCUCGCAAAUAGUGAAGCUCAGCUCUUAUUGAAAUUGGAGUCAUUCGAAAGUGACCAUACGCAAAUGCUUCAGGCUGUUUCUGGUAAAAUCACAGAAAUAUCGGUUGAUGAUUCGGUUUCUCAAGUUUCAUCCCACAGUAAGGACAGUCGUAUGUCAAAUAAAAGUAACGUGUCGCAAAAAUCAAAUUCAAUGAUUAAGGCAGCGGCUUUUAAGGCAAAAUUGAAAUAUAUUGAUUGGGAAGCUAAGGCCAAGGCUGACUUAGAAAAGAUUAAGACUUUGCAAAAAUUACAUGUUGAAGAAGCGGAAAUUGAAGCUACACAGUCAAUAGAGAAUACAGACUUAUCAAAUGUAAAUCCAACUGAUAUCACAUUACCACAAGUUGACCCAGGUCAAUAUGUUGCAAACUAUAUCCAGACACACGGAAAUACUGCCAUUAAGUCUGAGCCUCAGUUAUCAAGUGCCGCCACAGUUAAUACUUCAAAAUCUUCAACAAUAGCCUCACAACCGAAAUACACCACUUCUACACAUUUCUAUAAACAAGAUACAUCGCUUCAUAAGGCCAGUAGUAUCAAUUCAUUGCCAAGUGGUCUGAAUCCCGCUGCUUCUGAUUUUGUUUCACAUUUCACACCUUUUGGUAUAACUAAAGAUGAAUCAGCAAUGCACGUGACUUAUACACCUGCAAAGUCGGUUGAUAACACUGACCCACCUUCAACAUUUACCUACACUUCUAAAAAACCCAUACCUCACACAACAUCUGGUACUAGUAAUUCAAAGGUUAUUCCAAGUGAGAUGCAGGUUUCUGAUAUUGCUAAAUCAUUUGCAGAACAGUUUCAUCUAAGUAGACUUCCCCCUCCAGAACCUGGUAUUUUCAACCGGGGACCCUUUGAGAUAUCCGGCUUGGAAGUCUGCAUUCCAAAUUCUUAUUGAAGGUAAACAAAUUCCAGAAGCCGAAAAACUGUAUUACCUUAGAAAGUAUGUUUCUGGUCCUGUCAAAGAGGUUAUUGAUGGGUAUAUACUUUUGUCAUCAACAGACGCAUAUAAAGAUGCCAGAAAGGUACUGGAUGAACGCUAUGGCAAUCGUUUCACCAUAGCACACGCUUUUCGUAACAAACUUGAUCAAUGGCCUAAAAUAGGUUCCAGAGAACCACAAAAUCUUGUUAAAUUUUCUGGUUUUUUUUACGACAGUGUGUAAGUGCAAUGAUAUCUGUUCCAGGUCUAGAAGUUCUGAAUGAUAGUUUUGAGAAUCGUAAGUUACUAUCAAAACUACCCGAGUGGCUUGUUACUCGCUGGAAUAGAAUAGUUGUCGAGAAAAAAGAAAAGUCUGGUGUACUUCCUCCAUUUUCUGACUUUGAAGAAUUUGUGACUAAAGAAGCCAAGAUUGCUAGCGACCCUGUAACUUCUCUUGUUUCACUUAAAGGUACUGGUUCUAAUGAACAAUCUAGGGAGCCGGAACUUGCAAUCAUUAAAGUGGUGCAAAGUGAAUUCUUUGCUAAUGAGAUCACAGCUCUGAAACAAGGUCAAAGAUGUAGCAACUCGGCCAUAGAAAACGAAAGGUCGGACCGACAUACUUCUUUAAAGGGUUUAUCUCGUUUGUCCAAGUUAGAUCCAUUCUUAGAUCCCGGUAGCAUCAUAAGGGUAGGGGGCCGCAUUCAACAUGCAUCUCUUUCAGAUCAGGUGAAGUAUCCAAUCAUUCUUCCCAGGAAGUGUCACGUCACAGAAAUGGUUAUACGUUUUUAUCAUGGUAGAGUCGCACAUCAGGGACGUGGACUUACUACUAAUGCUAUAAGGUCUGCUGGCUUCUGGGUCAUUGGUUGUAGUUCGGCAGUGUCUUUUCUCUUAUCUAAGUGUGUUAUAUGCCGGAAGUUGCGAUCUCCUGCGCAAGGUCAGAAAAUGGCUGAUCUGCCAGUUGACCGUUUGGAACCAGCUCCACCCUUUACAUACUGCGGAGUCGAUCUGUUUGGCCCAUUCUACAUUAAGGAAGGACGCAAAGAAUUGAAAAGAUACGGAGUACUGUUUACAUGUUUGUUAUGCCGUGCAGUACACGUUGAAACUGUUAACUCGCUUGAAACUGAUUCGUUUAUAAACUGUUUGAGACGUUUCAUUGCAGUUCGCGGACCGGUGCGUCAGUUACGAUCAGAUAGGGGUACAAACUUUGUAGGCGCCGACAACGAACUUAAAGAAGCAUUUUAUGAGUUAAAUCAUUCCAAAAUGACAGAAUUCCUUAUAAAAGAAAACUGUGACUUAGUCGAUUUCAAGAUGAAUGUACCUUCCGCGAGUCACAUGGGGGAGUCUGGGAGAGGCAAAUAAGAUCAGUCCGUAACGUAAUCGCUUACUUGCUUCAAAAGCAUGGCACGCAAUUAGACGAUGAAAGUUUGCGAACCUUUUUGCUUGAAUCAGCGGCAAUAGUUAAUAGUCGCCCUCUUACGGUUGACAAUAUAAACGACCCACUUUCUCUCAAUCCGCUGACUCCAAAUCAAUUGCUUACAUUGAAAUCAAAUGUAGUGUUACCUCCGCCUGGAUAUUUUCAAGGUACCGAUGUGUACUCGCGUAGAAGGUGGAGACGCGUACAGUAUCUUGUAGAUCAAUUCUGGAAUCGUUGGAAGGCUGAGUUUCUGCAAAACUUGCAAGUGCGAAAGAAAUGGUCAUUUCCUAAGCGAAACGCUUGCGAAGGUGAUGUAGUCUUAAUAGUUGAUGACAAUCAAUCGCGUAAUUGUUGGCGUUUAGGCCGAAUCGUAAAAACUGUAACGGAAGAUGAUGGUCUAGUCCGCAAGGUUAAGAUUGUCUUAGCUACUAGCAAUCUGGAUUCUAAAGGC